AUGUUAGAUUAGCGUCAAACAUUAAGUGAUAUAAAUAGGCUCAGAAACACUCCCUACAUCUAUUAUAAGCAAUACUAAUCUAUCGACAAUAAUCAAUAAUAUGAUACAAAAUAAGUUAAAAUGAUCGCCAGACCUAAUGUAAGGUAUUAGAUGAUACACGAAAACCUGUCCAAAUUGCAAUAAGAUCAAAAAAAAUUGAGACAAUCAAGUCAACAACGGGAAAGAACCAAAACUCAAUCAAAUUACAGGGCCUUCAGUCUGAAUUAAAAAGCACCUUCUAAUUCCAGAAGUCAACCUGAUUUGACUGAUGACAAUCAAAGUGUUUUUGUACCAUAUCGACAAAGAAACAUUUCAUAAAAUAGUAUCUCGAUUUCAUAUGAUAAUUCUGAAAAAAAAAAGAGCUUUUUACCAACUAUGAAUAAUAAGGAUCCAAUGUUGCAAACAUUUGGCAAAUAAGUUAUCAUCCUCAAACCCAAGAGAUUCCCUACUGAGAUAUUUUAAGGAAACGUGAGCAAGAUGAAGAAGCAAUUCUAAUAAAAUUAUUGA